CAUAUAUAUGCCCCCAACAUUUCCUAUUAUUAUUGUACCCUUCAAAAGCUCUUCUACUUCUGCCUGCGCUUUCCGCCAUUGUUGCUCAGAGGAGUGACUUCUUCUUCUGUGGUUUCUGAUCGAUUAAUUAAUGGAAGCGCUUCUGUGUGGUUCGCGGAGGUCGGGGGUUCGAGUCUCGGGGGCAAAGUUGCGCAGGGGAGAAGCAGAGGAGGAUGGAGUAACGAACAACGUGGAUAUAUUGAAUGAGAUUUUCAAGCAUUUGGAUGCUGCUUCGCUGGGAAAGGUGGCUUGUGUGAGCAGUAAAUGGAGGCAGGCAACGGAAGAGGAGGCUCUGUGGGAGGCCAUCUGUAAACGCCAAUGGCACCGAGCUGCUCCUGCUGCGUCUGCACCACGGCAGCUUAAGUCUGUGGUUGUGGCGCUCGGUGGAUUCAAGCGGCUUUAUGUGAAUUUCAUCCAUCCUAUCCUUACUACUGCGUCGAGGAAAAAAUGGGGCAAGGAUGAUUUUUAUUUGUCUCUGUCGCUUUUUUCUAUUGACUGUUAUGAAAGAAUCAAGCCCAAAACUUCUUCGGCUUCUUCAGGGUCCUUUGCGGAUUCUCUCUGCAAGCCCUCUUUCAAAACUUCUUCUUCUUCAGGGUCCUUUCCGGGUUCUCUCUGCAAACCCUCUUUCAAAACUUCUUCUUCGUCUUCUUCGGCUUCCUUUGCAGGUUCUUUCUGCAAACCCUCUUUCAAUUCCGAUGUCCGCCGCUUGCUACUCGACGGUUGGAAAGGCAAAUGCGCCGAUCAGGUAGAGAACAGCAAUAAUAAUUGCUGAAAAGCUAUACUUUAGUUGUUGCAAUUUGUUUUGAGCUAAUUCGAUCGCCGAUGUGCGAGGCACGUUUAUUAGGCGGUCAAAUCAUUCGCUUUCGUUGUGUAUUAUUUAUACAGUUCCUGAAUUUCUACAAGGUUGUUUCUAUAUAUUAUUCAUCAAAUUUGGUAUAAGGUCCGACUCGAUUGACGUCUGUGAAUCGAAUUUGUUAUGUUAAGAGAUGGUUGCUUUUGUAAUGUAUUGAAAGCAUGCGGUGCUCUGAUAAGAAAUCCUGCAAUGCGAAAGAUUGUUCGAUUGUUCUUUGAUCUGUGUUCUGAAGUUCUGUAAUAUCAACGUCGAUAUGUAAAAGGCCGCAUUGUCUGUAUUGUUUCGGCCAACAAACUUCUAUAA